AUGACUAGAACUCAGAAAUGGACCUACCACGAGAAAAGAGCAGAGCCUCACAUGUUCACCCACAACGGCCAUCCAGAUCAAAACCCUCAACACACAAAGAAGAACGGUGCUGGUCGUGGUAACUGGGGCUCUCCAGGUGACGAGAUCAAUGACUUGAUUGACGACGGCGAGAUCCCUCCAGUCUUCAACAAGAGACGUGGCUCCAAUGCCAGUGCCCACGAGGUCAAGUUUGAUGCCAUCCAACAUUCACACGAUCAUAUCGAUGAGGAUGAUGAAGAUGAUUACUAUGACGAAGAAGAACAAUCAACUAACGAAAGUGAUGAAUCCAAAUGA